UCACUUCUAUAUAAACUUCGUUUCCCGGCGAUAUUGAGAGAGAGAGAGAGAGAGAGAAAGAGAACAAACACACCAACAACUACAAAAAAAAAAAUUCCGAUAAACAAAAGUCGGAAAAUCUUAGGGAGAAGAGAGAAGGGAAGAGAGCUCUGAUUUGAGUGCUCUCUGUGGAGUUUAUUCUCUCCGUGGAGUCUAUUCCGAUAGAUGGUGUGUGCGCGUGUGGUCGGAGACGGAGAGAGACCGCGGAUAUCUGAGAAGGCCAUGGCGAUGGGACAGGAGAGAUCGAAGGCUCUGCACAAUUUCACGCUGCCGUGUCUGAAGUGGGGGAACCAGAGGUACCUGAGGUGCAAGAAACCGAGUACUCCGGACGACGUUGUCGAAGUCGAUCGGCGAUCUCCGGUUCCGAGGCCGGAGAGCUCGCCGGCGACGCGGCGCAGGGAAUUGGAGAGGAAGAGGAGGAGGGAUUGGAAACCGGAGGAGGGGAUCGAGGCGGUGAGAGAGAAGCUGAUGUUUGAUCUGAAAACGGCAGCGGAUAAGAUGAAAGACGCGAUCUUUAGGAAGGAAGUGGAGGAAGAUGAAGAGGAAGAGGAAAUUGAAGAGGAGGAGGAGGAGAUAGAGGAGGAGGCAGAGCAGUCGGCGUCGGCGGCGGCGGAUGCGGCGAGGCCGUGGAAUCUGAGGACGAGGAGGGCGGCAUGUAAGGCUCCGAUUGGAGGAGGGAAGGGGUUGAGGAUCGAGGAGAGAAAGAAGGUGAAUUCGUCUUCGCCGUUGAGGAGCGAUAACAAUGGCAGCGCGAGGUCGCCGAGGCUGAGAGGCGGCGUCGGAGGAGGAGCGGCGGAGAAGAAGGAGGAAAGGACCAAGUUGACGGUGUCGCUGUCGAGGAAGGAGGUCGAGGAGGAUUUCAUGGCGUUUCUGGGCCAGAGGCCGGCCAGGAGGCCCAAGAAGCGGCCCAGAACUGUUCAGAAGCAAUUGGAUUCGUUAUUUCCGGGGUUGUGGUUGUCGGAGGUUACGCUCGAUUCGUACAAGGUUCCUGAAGCCGCCGAGAACGGCAAGAGGUAGCAAUGGGAAUGGCGGCCUGGAUGGAAUGUUUCAAAGCUUCUGUUUGCUGACUACCGGUAACUGGUGACGCUGACUAGUUGUAUACCACACCAUCUUUGUAAAUGGGAAACUUGAUAUAAGUGUUGAUUUCCCAGCUUGUGGUGCACGUCCAGUUGCUUUUAAGUGCUAAUUUUUGUUAUGAUCAUGAUUCGUUUUUUCUUUUUCUUUCUUUCUUUCUUUCUUCCUUCUUAUCUGAAUAAUCUUGUGUAAAGGAAAGAUCCUCAAUGGAUGUUAUUAGAUGAAAGAGAAGUUUUUCGUUUUA